AAUUUUUGUAUUCACAAAACAUAGAUUUCUACUCGAAAUAAGAUUUGAUGAUCAUCUUUCCACCUUACUCACAUAACAAAGAAAGAAAGAAUGGAAAAGAUCAGUGAUGUCACAAUACAACCAUGUUCUAGUACUCCAUAUAUAAAGCCACUGAGGAUAACAUACACACAGGAUGGUGUAAAGAAGAUUUGGGAUGCUAUGAAAGUACAUGACAGUGUGUGUGUCCUGCUUUACAAUAAAUCCAGAGAUUGUUUCGUUUUUGUUCGCCAAUUUAGACCAGCUGUGUACAUUAACUCUGUUGUGACUGAGAAGCAAGCAGAUGGGACAGAAACAGUGGAUUCUGCCAAAUAUCCUGGAACCCUAGGACUCUCAUAUGAAUGUUGUGCCGGUAUUGUUGAUAAGGACUGCAGUUUAGUGGAGAUAGCUAAAAUGGAGGUACUGGAGGAAUGUGGUUAUGAUGUCCCAUUAGAAAAUAUACAGAAAAUAACUUCUUACAAGUCAGGUACCGGAGUCUCAGGGGCAAUGGACCAUCUGUUUUGUGCAGAGGUGACAGAUGUUAUGAAAACUGGCCCUGGGGGAGGGCUCAAAGAGGAGGGAGAACUUAUAGAUCUCAUUGAAAUUCCAUUACGGGAAAGUCGAAAAUGGUUGUUUGAUGAAGCUAUUAAUAAGGAUGGAGAGUUGAUUUUGUCGGUUCUCUGGUUUUAUGAUCAUUAUGGUAAAUAAGGCAGGGGCAGGAACCACAGGCUCAACACAGACAUUCUUCUAUGCACACAUCACUGACAAUAUGAAAGUAUCUCAAGGAGGGGGCCUUGUAGCAGAAGGUGAACUCAUAGAUGUUGUUGAAAUACCUGUGAAAGAUGGCAAACAAUGGAUAUUAGAUGAAAGCAUAAACAAACCAACUGGACUUAUGUUUGCUGUCAUGUGGUUUUACACUCAACAUGCUGUUUAAAUACCAAUCUCUCCUACCUCACAUUACAUGUUCAAUCUAUGGGUUGCUAUUAAAAUAUGUAUCUAGGAUGGUAAAUUAUCCUUUCUUUGGAGGGUACAUUGUAAUCUGUUUACACAUCUUUAAAACCAUAAUCUGUGAUUGUGCUGGUUGCAUUCAACCAUGUCUUCUGUACUUUAGGCUUAUUGGAUGAUUUUUAAUUUCUAAUUAUUAUUUCAAUUUGCAUUUCUAAGCGUUAGGUAGGAGAAUCAGAUAUUUUUCAUGUGCAUGUACAAUACAUUGAUGUGUUUUCAAAUGAACAGUUGUGCAGUGAUACAAUCAGUAUUCAUGAGAUACAGAAUUUCCAUUAUUCACAGGGUACAGGGUGCUAUCACAUCAAGAGUGUAGCAAGGCAUGCAGCAGAACUACAUUUGCUUCGCCUAAUUUUUCAUCCUGGUUACCAGUUACAGCCCUGCGUCACAUGAUCACAAAUACAAAAUGUAUGGAAUAAAUGGAUAUUUAAUAUUUAUCCCAUAGUUGAGGUCAAAUCUGUAUAAUAACCUAUAAAUUCAUAUGAUAUUAAUUAUGCUGCUUAACACAACCUAAUACAAUAUUAUUUAUUGUUAUUUCAGAACACAUUGUUUGCUAUUGAAUGCCCAUGAUGUGUUUAAAAACAGCAAUACGUCUAAGUGUAUUAAGUUAGGUGAAGCAGUAUUGAAUCAAAAAUGUACAUGUAGAAAUAUACUUUAUACCAACCUGCAUUAAUAUGUCUGGAAAGAUGGCACUAUAUAGUCACAAGAUCACUGUCAUCAAAAACCUAAAAACAGUUGAUUGUUUAAUGGACCAAAUUGAAGCCAAAUAAAUGCACAGGAACCUGUAUCAACACCUGACAGUGACAUCUAUUGGUAAAAAAAACUAGAAAUUAGCCUCUUAUCUAGAAGA